GUCUGAGUCGAUUACUUCAAAUUAAGUUACGUACAAUAAGUUUGACUAUGAUGAUAAAUUUUAUGAUCUUGUUCCUAGGAUUAUUUUGGCUACAAGAAACAGUGCAGGCGCAGGAUUUCCAGCCUCCUGUUCAAGAAAACGCUUUCAGUGAACUUUUAAGACUCGAAGAGAAGUUACUGCCGGAAUUGGAUGCAUUCGUCGCAAAAAAAGAAGAUUACUUGAAAGAGCUCGACAAGAUAAUACAUCAGACGGAAAUUUUAAAGAAACCUUCGAUUAAAAGCGUGCAAAGCUUUCUGGGAACUCCACUGAAUCAGUACUUCCUUAUUAAGCGAUUUAUUGACAAUUGGGGAACUCUCGACGAUUAUCUUCAAUCUGAUAUUUCAACACAUGAUUUUGUCUCUCAAAUAAAGCUGAAAAAGGACGCGAUUCCCGCUAAAGCCAAACUCAACGAAAGAUUGCGGGUCCUAGAGGAUACACAUAACAUCGAUCCCGAGGGAUAUCGGGUCUCUUUGUGAUACAUGCUCAUAAAAAUAGAAUUCUGUCUUUUGUUGUGAGCAAAACUGACUACACACAUUAAUAGGGUAAUUAAGUAUUACUGACUGAGCAGAUAACGU